AUGAGCUACAGGUCACAACAACAGCACAAGAGCAAGCGAUCUCUGAUGGCAUCUGCUGACUGCUUUCCUUAUACUGGUUCUAGCUGCGAAUGCGCGCGCGGUCCAGUUCCCUCCUCUGUCCUUCUGUUCAUUGUGUUUAACAAGACGAGUCUGCACUCAGAGCUGGGUGGGUGUGUGAGUAAGGACUGCAGCACUGCAGCACAGAAAUUGCCAGACUGGUCUGAGAUCUGCUGCAAAACACAGCUCUUACAUGAAUCUGAAGCCAUCUUUUCCUGUCUAUUCAGAGCACAGUGCCCUUGGAGGAAAGCUGGAAAGAUGAGACUGCUGAAAGGACAGCUAACUACAAACUUGCUUGUAUGGAGUGUUACUUGGUCAGUUUUGAUGAGCUCUAUUCUUUCGGAUGAUAACAAUGACGACGACGACGAUGACAAUGGUGACGACAAAAUGACCGUGUGUCAGGAGGAGGAUAAUGAUCUGAGAGUGACCUGCCCACUGCGGCCUAAACCAAAUUACCACACUGAGUUUGAGUUCUCCAUGUCCAAGGGCAAAAGAGAGAUCAUCAUUAACACCAAUGUGUCAGGGACGAUGCCUGAGCCCAGCUUUCGUCAUAACACUUAUGUGGAACAAUUGGAACCGUAUGGGUUCAAACUGACCAUGAUGCGCUUCACCAUUACAGAGAACACAACGUUUAUGUGCAAAGUGACCCAGGAUGACAAGAGACUGUUUGUUGACGUGGAUGCCCUGCAGCCCUGCUCAGCGAUCAGUGUGCUUCUUCAGAGUUACCCCUGGCUGCUGAGUCUACUGCUUCCUUUUUUUUUUAUUAUUUAGGUGCUGGAGGCCCUUUAAACAGCAUUUGGUUUCCCCCUGGCAGUGUGUCAGUGUCAUAUCAGUGAUGAAAACCUGGGAGGAAGAUAUAAAAACAAGGCUAUGUUAUUAUUCUUUCUGUAAUCAUACAGCACUAUUUUAGAUAUAUACAGUGCCAAUAGCUGCCUCUAUGAUGGUGUCUUUUGUCACGCUUGAUGCUUCCCAAUGCUGCUGAGUUAAAUGAUUUUGUUCGUGGUGUUCAGAUCUAAUUUUAUUUGUAGCAGCAUUUAUGUGGUGCAUUUAAAACAAAUUUUCUGGUUAAAGUUACAGGAUAAGUAAUACAUAUUACAUAGGUUAUAACAUGUAUGAUCUUUACCAUACUGUAAGUGUAUUUGUUCAAAUGAAAUGGUUUAUGUACUCUGGCUAUGCUAUUUGAAUUUGCUUUAAAAUUUUCUGAUAUUAUUAUAUCUGUUAUACAGAAUGUUUAGAGGCCACCUGUUGUUUUUGUAUUUUAAAUUCACUGUUCGGCAUGCUAAAAAGCAAUUACUAAUUUCUAAUUUUUCUUUGAUUAUUAUUAUUGAUUAUGUGUUAUAAUUUUUUAGUAUUAUUUCUUAUUUAAUAAUGAUGAGGAUUAUGAUGAUGAUGAUUAUGAUUAUAAUAAUAAUAAUAAUAAUUAUUAUUAUUAUUAUUAUUAUUAUUAUUAUUAUUAUUAUUAAUAUGAUUAUGGGGCCAAGCACUGAAUGUUUAAAGACCCUGUUGUAAAUCUACAACAUCUUCUACUUCUUGUAAGGAUGUUUUAAAAUAAGUUGGAAAGUUUUGCACACUGACUGGGGACAGUUCAAAGAAAGCUCUGCCAACACUAUUGCCACAAUCUUGUCAAAUGAGGAAAUAUGUUUAUGGUAACUCAGUGUGUGGUAAGCAAGGAUUGGAGUUUGAGUCGAGGCUGGUUUAACUUUUUCUUUGCAAUUUAGAUGUUCUGCUAUUUUGUAUUUUGUCUAAAACCAUCUUUACCACUCAAUCUACAUCCUGUAUCUAGAUAUUUUGUCCAAAUAUAUACACUUGGUAGCCAUCUUUAGGACCAUGAUCUAAGGCAGGGGUCAACAACCUUUUUGAAACUGAGAGCUACUCCUUGGGUACCGAUUAAUGUGAAAGGCUACCAGUUUAAUACACUCAGUUUUCAGUUUGAUCUGAAAUAACAAAUUUGCUCAAGUUACCUUUUAUCAUAUG